UCUCAUUGUUAAGGGGCCAACAACCUUGUAUAUUUUAUUAAAGGUUCAAUAAAGGAAAAACUCCACUUUUCAAACUGAUCCUGAUCUGUUUGUGUGACGUCAUUCUUUUGACACAAUGAAACAGCUUGAUUGAAAUUAGUUUGAAAUACACACCUUGCCUGCUGGAACAUAAGAGAUCAAGUUGUACACGACAUGAACCAACAAACCAGUGUGACAUUUAUUGGACAAAUGAUAACGGUGGACCAGGCUUCUGCCUACAGCCUCACAUGAGGAAAUCAAAUCCACCAGUGUGCUUCUGAAGAAAAGGUUGAGAACAGUAGCCACUGUUCAUUUGUCAAGGAGUCUUUUGAACGAGGACAGGAGAUCGGGCUGCUAAGAUGGAGCUUUCCGAGCCUGGAAGGUGUAAACUAGACUGUAUGGACUCUGAAAUAUCAAGUUCUCUCUCCAGGAUGUCAUUGACCCGGUCUAGCCCGGGUACCCCUGAUCGACCUUCCCACCCCGCAGCCCCCGGGCCCCUCCAGGCACCUCUCGGCCCUGCCUUGGUCCAGUUCCAGCUAGGCCUCUUCAGGGAGGUGGUAUGGGUGCCUAGAGGGCAGCUCAGCUUUCGCCACGCCAAGAGACUGGCGGCAGAGAUCAUAGAACGCAAGGCUCCAGACUGCAGUGUGGUGGGUGUAGGGGAGAAGAUCCUCCUGUUUAGACACCAGCCUGGCUCAGAACACCUCCUCCACAGACUCACAGACCAGGAUCCACUGCAGGACGGUGACCUCAUAGAGGUCAUCCUCUCAGGAUCAGCUGCUGUGACGGAGAUGAAGACCCGCCCACACUCCCUGGCUGUCCAAUCAUAUCGCACCCCCACCUUCUGUCACCACUGUGGUGAGAUGCUGUGGGGACUGAUACGUCAAGGGUUAAAAUGUGAAGGUUGUGGGUUAGACUUCCAUAAGCGCUGUGCGCUGCAGUUGCCUAGUGACUGUAGCCGCGCACGGCGUCGUGUGUGUGGCCCCAGCCUGUCCCUGUUCCCCCCUGGCAGGCCCCGGACGCACUCCCUCUCCACACCUGCAGGAGGCAGUCUAGAGGAGAUCAGUAUGUCCAAGCCCAGGUCCAGACCCCCGUCAUGGACAGAUCACCCGGUGUGGCUGGGGGUGGGCCAGGGAAAGGAUGGUGAGACAGGCAGGGCCAGGGUGCCCCACACCUUCCACAUCCACAGCUACACCAAGCCUACCGUGUGCCAGCACUGCCGCCACCUCCUCAAAGGCCUCUUCCGCCAGGGCCUACAAUGCUCCGACUGUAAGCUGAACUGCCAUCGUCGCUGUGAGAGCUCCCUGGUCCCCGCUGACUGUCCUGGAGAGAGGAGGAACACCAAUGGGGAAGGAGACUCAGUGUCCAGUCUCGGCUACAAGAACGACACAGAGGAUGAUGAGGAGGAUAUGAGCUUGAGUAUAACAUCACUAGAAGACGAUGACGACGAGCCGUCUACUGAGAUUCCAUUUGCUGAGAACAAGGAAGUGGGACAUCAGCCACCAAUCAUUCCAUGUUUCAGUAGUUAUAUUCCUCUAAUGCGGGUAGUCCAGUCAGUCCGUCACACUAAAAGACAGGCCAGUGGAGUACUGAGAGAGGGUUGGCUACUGCAUCACACCAACACUGACACACUGAGGAAACGUCAUUACUGGAUAUUGGACUGGAAGAGUAUCACUCUGUACCAGAACGAGAUCAACACCAAGUACUACAAGGAGAUUCCUCUAUCUGAGGUGCUGCAGGUACGAGGCCCCGCCCAGCUGUCUGUCCCCUUGUUGCCCGGCAACAGUGCCCACUCCUUCGAAGUGGUGACGGGCACGCUGGUGUACUGUGUGUUGGCGGGCCGGGAUGGACAGGCCUGGGAAACCGCCGUACGCCAGGCUCUGAUGCCCGUGCUGAACAGUGGGCAGGUGGACAAACAGGGACAAGACCAUGAACCCCAGAGUGGAAAAAGCCCGGAUGUCAGCUCAGUGUAUCAGAUCUUCACUGAUGAGGUGCUGGGUUCAGGACAGUUUGGAGUGGUGUAUGGAGGCACCCACAGACAGUCUGGUCGGCCAGUGGCCGUCAAGGUCAUCGACAAAACCCGUUUCCCUACCAAACAGGAGAGACAGUUGAGGAACGAGCAGGCAAUUCUACAGAAUCUGUCCCACCUCGGUAUAGUUCUACUGGAGGGCGUGUUUGAGACCAUGGAUCACGUAUUCAUUGUCAUGGAGAAGCUCCAUGGAGAUAUGCUGGAGAUGAUUCUGUCCAAUGAGAAGGGCCGACUGCCAGAGCGCACCACACGUUUCUUGGUUACACAGAUUUUAGAGGCCCUGCGCUACCUGCACUUCAAACACAUCGCUCACUGUGACCUGAAACCUGAGAAUGUACUGCUGGCCUCCCCAGACUCUUUCCCUCAGGUAAAGCUGUGUGACUUUGGUUUUGCCCGCAUCAUCGGCGAGAAGUCAUUCCGCCGGUCGGUGGUGGGCACGCCGGCCUACCUGGCACCCGAGGUCAUCAGUAGCCACGGUUACAACCGCUCGCUGGACAUGUGGGCGGUGGGUGUGGUCCUGUACGUCAGCCUGAGCGGAACGUUCCCCUUCAACGAGGACGAGGACAUCAAACAACAGAUCACCAACGCUGCCUUCAUGUACCCCCGCCUGCCCUGGUCUAACAUCUCACUAGAGGCUGUGAGUCUUAUCAACAACCUGCUCCAGGUUGCAGUAAGAUGUAGGUUCAGUGUGGGAAAAGCACUGGGGCACCCCUGGCUACAGGACUUCCAGUUGUGGUGUGACCUGAGGGAGUUUGAGAAGAGGAUGGGCUGCAGGUACCUGACCCACGAGGGGGAUGAGGACCGCUGGAGAUGCCACGCCCUGGAGAGGGGCCUGGUCUUCCCCUCUCACCUCACCUGGACCCCCGGGUACGAUGACAGCCUGUGACCCUAGGCCCAAAUGUCAAAGGUGAAGGGUCGGACAAGAUGGCUUCUGGACUACUGGUGUGUUUCAGUGGUCAUCAGCAUAAACAACUGUCUGGACGCUGUUAGUGGAAGGUGGAGUGGUGAGUCUGUUUCUAUAGCAGUCUCGUAUAAAAAGAUCACCGGAAGAGAUUACGACUCCGGAUUCGGACGCAGUGACAAUUCCUGGACUUUAUGGUGCCCUAGUGAUGCCAGCUCUUGUAGUGGUUAUUGUUUAAUGCAUGAUAAUAUUAGGACUAAUGUUUCAGGCCCUCUGUGCCCCAGAGUAGUAGUUUACCAGGAUCACAAGGCAGGUUCUCUGUCCUUCUACAAAAUGCAUCCUUCUAUGACCCUCCUCCACAGAGUUCAGACAAAUUCACUCAGCCCCUCUAUCCUACGUUUUGGCGGUAUUGGUACGAUACUGAGAUGUGUAAGCCUUGGUAGAGGUGAUGGUCUACAUACACUAUAUUUACAGAAGUAUGUGGACACCCAUUCAAAUGAGUGGAUUUGGCUAUUUCAGCCACACCCAUUGCUGACAGGUGUAUAAAAUCGAGCACACAGCCAUGCAAUCUCCAUAGACAAACAUUGGCAGUAGAAUGGCCUUACUGAAGAGCUCAGUGACUUUCAACAUGGCACUGUCAUAGGAUGCCACCUUUCCAACAAGUCAGGUCAUCAAAUUUCUGCUCUGCUAGAGCUUCCCCAGUCAACUGUAAGUGCUGUUAUUGUGAAGAAGAAACAUCUAGGAGCAACAAUGGCUCAGCCGCGAAGUGGUAGGUCACACAAGCUCACAGAACAGGACCACUGAAUGUUGAAGUGCGUAACUGUCCUCAGUUGCAACACUCACUACCAUGUUCCAAACUGCCUCUGGAAGCAACGUCAGCUUCCAGAGGCAUAAAAUGGAUUUCCAUGGCCGAACAUACGCUCACAAGCCUAAGAUCACCAUGCACAAUGCCAAGCGUCAGAUGGAGCGGUGUAAAGCUCGCUGCUAUUGGACUCUGGGGCAGUGGAAAUGCAUUCUCUGGAGUGAUGAAUCACUCUUCACCAUCUGGCAGUCCGAUGUCCAAAUCUGGGUUCGGCGGAUAACAGGAGAACGCUACGUGUCCCAAUGCAUAGUGCCAACUGUACAGUUUGGUGGAGGAGGAAUAAUGGUCUGGGGCUGUUUUUCAUGAUUCAGGCUAGGCCCCUUAGUUCCAGUGAAGGGAAAUAUUAACGCUACAGCAUACAAUGACAUUCUAGAUGAUUCUGUCCUUCCAACUUUGUGGCAACAGUUUGGGGAAGGCCCUUUCCUGUUUUAGCAUGACAAUGACCCCGUGCACAAAGCGAGGUCCAUACAAAAAUGGUUUGUCGAGAUCGGUGUGGAAGACUGGCCUGCACAGAGCCCUGACCUCAACCGUAUCGAACAACUUUGGGAUGAAUUGGAACACCGACUGCAAGGCAGGCCUAAUCUAAUCGCCCAACAUCAGUGCCUGACCUCAGUAAUGCUCUUGUGGCUUGAUGGAAGCAAGUCCCAGCAGCAAUUUUCCAACAUCUAGUGGAAAGCCUUCCCAGAAGAGUGGAGUCUGUUAUAGCAGCAAAGGGGGGACCAACUCCAUAUUAAUGCCAAUGGUUUUGGAAUGAAAGGUUCCUCGAGCAGGUGUCGACAUACUUUUGGUCUUGUAGUGUAUGUGAUGUUUUAACAUUUUCCUGUGCAUUUAUUUUUCAAAAUGUUUGGAUCAUAAAACUGUCCACUUGAUGGCGCUAUUUGCCAAACAAUAAACAGCAUUGCUAAUCUA